AUGGCAUCCUAUCAUCGUGUUCUUCGGACCUUUGAUCGAAGUAUAGACGACAAGAUCAUCGAAUGCGAUUACGACAUCCAUCCAUGGGAUAUUCUCAUUGACAGGGAGCGGUGGCCUGGCAAGGUCCGGCUCAUCGGCUACAUUGAUGUAUUCUUCUUGAUAUGCUAUUCGGGCGAAUCGCGAUUUGAGCAUGGCAUCAUCAUUUAUAAGGAUGACGAAGCCAUUCGGCAGCUGCUGAAGCGGGCAGGCUUGAAAGCUGACGACGAGUCUAUCAAGCUUGAGUGUAUUAAUAACGAAAAAGAUGAAGCCUUGCGAAAAUAUUACUCAUUAAACACUGAAGAAGAUGGUAAUAAGCACACAAUUAUCAGCUUGGGUCAUCCUAUUGGCUUGGCGAUAAAGUAUCGGAAGUCGCAACUUAAAAAGUAUACUAUUAGCCUGCACAAGGGACACACUCCAGCAAUGCAGAAAGAAAUACAACGUGGCGUCAUGCAGCACGGGAUAACGAGGUUGAUUAGCGACGCUCUUAAACUUGGCGUGGUCUCGACAGCUGGGCUUAUAAGCAAGAUCAAAGGAACCAUAGUUAGCGGUUCAAGCCUCGAAACAACCACGACGAAAUCCAUCAAUGCACUUACUGCUACGAAUGCACACAAGGUUACUUUGUCGGCUGACCAAACUUGA